AUGACACGGAGGACUACGGAAUCGGUGAAGAAGUGGCAGACGGUCCUCCGCCUCCCGGACAGGAAGAGGAACUUCACGGUGCGCCCCGCGGCGGUCCCCCCUGUCCUUGCCGGGACUGGUCUCCCUAUGCCUGGUGCUGAUGCUCCACCUGCUGCGCAUCGUCCCUUCCCCCCAGUCGCCGUUCCACCAGGGCCGGCCGCUUCAGCUCCACCUCGCCCCGCGGCGUCCAACGGAACUUCCCUGACCACGGCAUCUCGUCCACCAGCGGCUUCUGCGCCUGCUGUGGUCCCCCCCACUACUUUAUCCCCUUCAAGCCCUACUCUACCCCGCACUGGAGUGACACUCGCGCCGCCGCCCGCAUCGGUUACUCCUCCCCCCGUCAGCACUCCUCUGUCGCCCGAUAGCAUUCCACGCCCAGCUGCGCCUACUCCACCUGCGGUGCUUGAACCCGGCAUCUCCGAAUCAGACGUCUCCAAUGCGAUGGCGGGUAUGUCCAUGCACGGGCGACGUCUCACUGGGGGAACGCGCACGACGACUGAUGGGCAGGAGGGGUGCUCGCGACACGCUUGGUAUCAGUACCCGAGGAACACACGUGACAAAAACGACAAUGCUGGAAAGGGCGGAAGCAGCAGGCAGGGUCGCAAAGCAGCAUCCAAGAAGAAGAUGGUUGAUCUCGGGGAGGUGGCCAACAACAUCACCGCAACCUUCGACAAGAGGCAAGACAAGCAGUGGGAGGAGUUCAAGCUACUUACCCGGGAGGUGGCUCAGUCGUUCCGUGACGCGUGA